AUUAAUCGCAGACCACCCUUUUCAGCCCUACGUGAAGUUUAUCCAUUUUAGACUGAGUUGAUUUUUUCUACUGCCCCUUUCUUAUGCUUAUCCCGUAUCCGCGCUUAGGAAGCGCCGCCCGUUGUUGAUGAAGUUACCGAAGCAGUGAUCAUUUUGUUUCUGACAAGACUGCUGGUCGUCCUUGUUCAUUAUACACGCACUCUUUCUUCCCCUUGGGUAGCCCAUUAUUCUAACUCAACUUCAUAAAUCUAGUUUUUUGACAUGAUCAUAUUUAUAGAAUCUAAAGCCGCCUCGUAGAAUCGUCAAGAUGGCAGGAGAUUCGGCUAUGUAUGCCGAUGUGGUACCUUCUGGGCCGAGUAUUCGUAUUCCGUCAGGUAUAUCUAUGCCCGAUGUUGACGUGCCGCCAAGUGUAAUGCAAGGGUUCUCUGCUGCUACAACGAUUCCCAGCGAAGUCGUCCGUGCGGGCCAUGCUCGUAGUAGUCCUACAGGGGCGUUUCACGAGACAGUGAUGGGAUCUACUUUUGCACCGGCGUCCGGAUUAAGUGCUCAGUCUUCUUCCUCCCCGCCUCCAGUUCGGGAAAGAUCAGCGAGUGGACGACGCGCACCGCGCGCGCCGCUGGGCUACGGACAGCCGGCGCCACGGCCAUACGCGCUGCAGCCCGAUGUGCGGCAGCGGCACGAACUAGGCGGCGUGGCGUUCACCGUUCUCGCCAAAGACGAGAAGCGAAAGUCGCAGAUUGCUCGGGAGGCGAAAGAGGAGGAGGAAGCAAAUGCGACUGCGAACAAGCCAGAGAUAAACCGUGACGCAGAGUUCCACACGACCAACAAUCUUGGCGUGGACGAAAAAACGCAGUUGCCAGUCAAGUCGCGCAUCUGUGGGGCGUGUCAAAUGGCCAUCUUCGCGGAGGGCCCCGGCGCCACCGGCGCAGUGGCGGCGAGCAACGGGCAGUACUACCACCCGGCGUGCUUCGUGUGCCAGCUCUGCAAAGGGGAGAUCAAGGGCAACCACUGCGUGCCCAUUGGCGGGCACAUCUACCAUCCCGGAGCCUGCACGGAGAAGGUCUACGAACGUCUCUGUCGCGCGUGCGGCGGACUGAUCCUUCCGGGAGAGGAGAUCCGGGAGGGGCACGCGCCGGAUGUUUUUCACGCGCGUUGCUUCAAGUGCGCUUGCUGUACCGUUCCCUUUUCGAGUGAGGUGCCUUACGAAACUGGCGCCGACUUCAAAGUGUGGCACCCGAAGCUAGAAAAGUUCGAGGACUUGCAGGGGCCGCACGGCUACAUGUGCGUCCGCUGUGAGGAGCGCGAUCACACGUUCUUCAUGAAAUUCCUGCGCCCCGGACGCGUGGACGAGGAGGACGAGCUGCGCACCGAGUUUGGGGAGCGCGAGCAGCCGCGCGUGUGCGACCUGACCAAGAAGCUUCCACCGUUGGAGGAAGGCGCACAUGCGGACGCAACGCACCGGCGUAAGCCACUGCUGCAUGUGAACAAGCAGUUCGACAUUCGCGUCGACCCAGCGGCCGUGACUUGCUUGCACUGCAACGAUUCCUUGGAAAGCUUGCAGGACAGCGAGCCUGCGCAGUUCGCACGUGACCACCGCAACAUUUUGCGGCACGGAGACGAGUGUGAGAAGAUCCUUCACCACGCCUGGGUCUGCCUGCGGUGCCAGGAGGUGAUGGAGAAAGAUGCCCAAGAGCAAGCGGAAGCUGCAGCGCAGGAGCGCCGCGAGAAGCGUCGCGCCGAGAUGGAUGAGAAGGAUCGCUUGCGGCUUGAGGUGGAGGCCGCUUUAGCCGCCGAGCACGCGGCGCGUGAGGCGGAGGCGGCCGAGCACACACGCGAUGAGGAGCAACAGCGGCUCGAGGCGGAGGCCAAGCUAGCGGUGGAACUACGUAAACUCAAAGGUGUUGCAGAGGAGAAGGAGCACGAGAUGGAGGACCACGCGCAUGAACUAGAAGCUGCUUUGGAGGAUGCACGGAGACGGCGAGAAGCGGAUGCGGCUGCAGCCGCUGCGGCGCUGGAGGCGGAGCGCGCGCAGCAUAAGGCAGAGGCUGCGGCAGCCGCGGCAGAGCUCGCUGCUGAGCGCGAAAGACUGGAGGAGGAGGCGGAAGAGCGCAUGCAUGAGAUGGAGGAAGCCCUCGCGGAGGAGCGCCACAGGAUGGCGGACGAGGCAGCGGCCGCUAUCCGUGAGGCGGAGGAGGAGAGGCUCCACGAGGAAGAAGACAGGCUACGUGCUCAGGAGGAAAAAGUGCUCGCCGAAGAGGAAGAAGCGGCGCGCGUCGAAGCGGAGGAAGCAGCGCUGCAGACAGCUAGACAGAGCGUUGCAGACCGGCAGGAAAACGCGCGUCUCGCGGAAAUCCUCGAUGAUUUGGCGCAGAAGUUGGAGGAGAUGCAGAGCAGAGCUGCUGCACGCGAACAAGAGUGGAUAGAUCGGCAUACGGAGCGGGAAGACAAGCUACUCGCUGCCUUGGACCGCGCGCCGCACGUACUCCAGGCCUACGUGCUCGCGAAGCAAGAUACGCACAUGCACUACGAGAAGCAGGAAGCAGCGAUGCAAGAUACACUUACAGAGGACAUGCGGGCGAUUUUUGCGACGAAACUUUCCGGUGACGAUCACACGUCACCGAUGCGAUGCGAAGUAGAGGCGACACAAGCGAGGAUCGCUGCAGUGGAGCAGAUUGGAUUGCUGCAGGAGUCCUGUCGUAGGGCCAAGGACGAUCUCCUGGAGAAGUACGAAAAGCAGGCGCCCCCGGUCGGGCCGCCCUUCGAGCUCCCUUUCGAAGACCCCCGUGUGCAGGACGCGCGAAUUCCUCCGGAAUACUUGAUCAACGCGGGAGAUUACGUCGAGCUUGCAGUCGCGAAAAAGAGUUACAAGUACGGAACGCUCUUCCCUGUGGGGAGCAAGGCAGUGGUGCGCAAGGUCUUGUACAAUGUCCCCAUCAGGGAGGAACCUGGCGACGCAGAGCGAGGAGAGUUAGAGGCCAAUCGAAGUUUGUCGCCGCUCGGUCGCCGUGCUACCAAAGGCGAGCGGGCGCGAGCCCAGCAGGUGGAUCAGAUCCGUCUAGAGCGUGAGGGGCGACAAAAGGAAUUGAUGCUGAGUCAGAAAAAGAUCCAGGAAGAGAUGGCCGAACGCAGAAGUAGUUCUCGUCCCUCAGCCUCCGGGGUGAACAACACCAGCAGGUCACCGACGAGCCGAAGCACCACCAAAAAGCACAUGGUGAAGAUUCCAUUCGAGGGCAAGGCCGCGAGCAAAGACUAUACCGGAACCGUUCGCGGAGAGGCUGAGGUGUCCCUCGAGGAAGUACUGGAAGAAGCGUUCGGGAUUGACGAACCAAUCACGGACGUGUACUACAAAGGGUCGAAGCCGAAUGCCAAGAAGAAAAGUACUAACGUGCAGCGGGCGUAUCUGCUGUCCUUCCUUCCGCCAGGUUUGGAUCCUCGGAACCCAGACUCUUUCAACCCGUUUCGUGCGGGGUCGCCGGAUCAGUACAAGGGCCACGGCAUUUUCCGGGACAUGGAUUGGUACUGCGGAGAUGGCCUUUACCUCGACGGCGGCAAGAUGAACAAGACUUACCUCACGAAGCACAUGUGGGUCAGGAAGUGCGACUUGAAGCUGUACAUGUCGGCACGGGAGCUAGCGCAGGCAGGCGCGGGCAGCGUGCAUCCUCUGUUUGUGCCACGUUCUGGUGGCGCGGCGACCGCUUCCCCGUUCGCCGGAGCGACGAGCAUGCCCGCCAGUAGCGAAGGACAAACACAGGACCAGAUGCUGGCUGCUGCGCUGCAGCGCUACGCCGAUGUGGUGCAGGGCGGCUCCGGAUUCGGGCUGAAGCAGUUGCUGGCCAAGCUAGGAGCCAGCGCGGGUGGGGAUGGCGCAAUAGCAGGAGGCGAGACCAUCGACGGACCCAAUGCAAAUGACUUGAUGAAAUACCUGAUCCAGCCGUGGGAUAUCGAUGAAAAGUUCCUGGUUGGCGCAGGAGGCUCGCCAAUUCCGGGACGAGCAUCACAACAAGCCACGAAAAGUCUUCAGCGCACGAGCGAGCCGCACAAUCCGUCGAUAAAGCGUACAACAAUUCUGUCAGACGCCGACGUUGUGGAAUUUGCUGAUUUUUCUCCAUCCGGCAAUGCAAGGAGGUCGACCACCGGCUCUCAGGAAGCGGCCGCGUCACUGGCCGCCGCGGUUGUCAUAGACAAUUUCCGUCGGACAACCAAGCAAAAUGUCCCGCUCACGCUCGUGCGGAAGCUAACGCAAGGUCUCAAGGAGAAUCCAGAGACGGUGGGCGAGAUCUUAAAGAGCGUUGGCAUGACCACCGCUGCAUCUGCAGCAACGGGAACCGGAAAGGAGCAGGAGUCCGCAGCGGUGCGUGGCACAGGACUGCGGCCGUCCAGUCUUGUCAGUCUUAGCCACCCCCUUAUCGUGAAGGAUAGAGUCUCAGGCACAAGCAACACUGACGCACCACCCGCAGACGAAGAUGGGUACUUCUACCUACGCAUAUUGAUUAUGGUUUCUCUUUAACAGAAACAAUGUGAUGCUCGUCUGCAGGUGCACCUAGUAUAGCGCUGAUGAUGUGCAGAGAUGACUGUGAGUGCUGAUCAUGCUUCUGCAAGAACUAGAAGAAAUUGAAAAUCUCUUUGGGUUCAAAUGAACUGCAACCACAUUCACUUUACUCAAGUAGAAUACAUUUACAUCAUAUAUUCAGGUCGACCGACGUGAGAGCAUCGCUGGCAGCUACCCUGAAAGAGGAGCGUGAAAUCGCACGAUCGCGGAUGCUGACGCAGCAAGGCAUAGACGUCGAGGCAGUUGGGAGUGUUGUUUCAGAAAUUGCUGGCGUCGUCACGAAGCGGAAGGAAAUGACGGUAUUCUUUAUCCUGGUGUUGAUGCACCUCGUUGUUCUUCUCAUUACAACUUGAUCAUGAUACCCAGCUCUAUUCUUGAGAAAGGCGCCGCUUAUCUUCGCCACACUAGAUGUUGGUGACAGAGCAGUCGUGCUGGAGCAAUCUGAAAGAUGUCGAUUAUUUCAAUUCCCGAAUAAUUGAAAUUGAAUACAUCAUCGAUCAAUUUCAAUUUUUUAUCGUGUUUCUGAUCUCAACUGUCCACUUACGACCAGGUAACUGAAGCACAGGAGAUGAUGCAAAAGAUUUCGUUGAGAAAAUUGGCAUCGGUGUCGGAUAAUUUGAGCCAGGUUCCUUUCGCUGAUGCGCCCGAGAUUCACCGGGUUUUCACCUCUUUGAGACCUGUCAAUAAGGAUCUUGCGAGAAUGAAGAAGAUCGCGGACGAUUCCGCUGCGGGUAGCAAGGUGUCUACCGUAAAUGCGAAGCUUUCUACCGUGAACAGCAAACGCUCCACAGCAUCAGCAAGCAAGCAAUCUGUCGGGUCCCCAGCGAGUCUACAGUCAUCGGAGGUGAGCAAGAGGCCGACCAUGGCUGAGACACUCGAGGCCGUUAAGAAAGUGUCCACCGCACUGACGGCUCUGGAUGCGAACGCAGUAGUAGAUACCGAGAGUAUCGUAGAAGCACUGGCGGUCAGUUUGGACCAGACCGUGCGUGCGUCGGGGCGCAAGUCUGCAGACGCCGUAGCAGUUGAAGCUGCCAGAGGAAGUACAAAAUCUCAGAAUCGGGGGGCGUCAACGGCGUCGGCACACUCACCGUCCGUCGUAGCAAGAGCUUCUGGCGCUCGUCUGGGAUCCGCUGCUGGCAGCCGGGCAGGGUCCGGAGUGGUCGAGCGCCCGCCAAGCCACAGGUCGCAGGCCCGAAGCCGCGUAGGCUCUGGAGUGGUUGAGCGCCCGCCAAGUCAGAGAUCGCAUCACUCCGAAGUUGCAUCUCCAAGUCGCAGUGUCGUGAAGGGAAGUGUAGUCGUGCCUGACGAGGGUCGUAGAUCAUCAUCUCCGAAGACAUCUGUUGGCCAUGCAAGUGUAGUAAAGACGAGUGCUGUUGUUCGGCCUUCCGAUGCUGCGAAUCGGCAGUCAUCCGCGUCGAGGGAAGCGACCAAAUCGCAGCAUUCUCCCAGCCGCUCCUCCGGUCAGGCGGGAUCAGUUCGAGCGCCUUCAGGAGCGUCUCCUGUGGAAGAUGUAGCGCGUGCGCCAAGUACACGACCAGCUGGUCCAUCAACGGCGUCUGCCAAGACGCGAUCACCUUCGAAAGGCAAAGCAUCCAUAGUUGAACGCGCGUCCGGCGGCAGCAAAGGGCCGGUGCGCGGCACUAGCACGGCCAGUGCAGGAGGAGCAGUUCCAGAAACCAGAGCUCCGAGCACAACGGCAGCUCGCGCUGCGUCCUCCGUGAAAAAAUCAGUUUCGAUCGAGGUGGCACGAGCAUCGGGUACCGCACCAGAGGCAGUGGGGGCUCCCGUGGAGGAGCCAUCACUCGUAGCACCACCUACUGCAGCAAACACUGGUGGAGGAAGUACUUGGGGAGGCUACUUUAAAGGUCCAAUGAUCGCAGGCAAGGGUUACCCUGAUACUAGUGGCGCAACCCCAGCAGAAGCCCCAGUUCCUGUAGCGCCGGCGCCAGUAGCGGCACAUGUCGCCGCGCCAGUUCCGGCAACGCCCCCACCUGCACCUGCACCAGUCGCGGCAACACCGCCACCUGCUGCAUCCGCUGGCACGCCUCAAUGUGGUCUGUGGCCAGGUUAUUUUAAGGGACCGAUGGUUGCGGGUAAAGGGUACCCAGACACUAGCGGUGCCGUCGCACCUGUUGCGGCAGCACCUGUCGCAGCAGCACCCGUCGCACCAGUGGCUGCACCAGUUGCGCAGACUCCUCCGCCUGCACCUGCACCCGUUUCUGCGCCAGCGCCGGUCGCUGCCGCGCCUCCUGCAGCCUAUGCGGCUGCACCUCAAGGCGGAGUGUGGCCAGGCUACUUCAAGGGCCCCAUGGUCGCAGGUAAGGGAUAUCCUGACACAAGCGGCGCCGCCGCACCAGUCGCAGCAGCACCAGUUGCGGCAGCACCAGUUGCGGCAGCACCCGUUGCGGCAUCACAAGAAGGAGGCGUCUCGUUUUGGCCCACAUAUUUCAAAGGCCCCGCCGUUGCAGGAAAAGGAUAUCCGGGUGUCCGCGCAUCAGCUGCACAGGCUAGCAGAGGUGGAAGUGGACUAGGUGAGCGCAUGUCUGGAAUGUCAUCCGCCGGAGAAAGAAUGUCAGGGAUGUCUGCUGGUGACCGCAUGUCCGGGAUGUCUGCUGGCGGUGAAAGGAUGUUAGGGUCGGCUACGCGCGCCGAACCGAUGUCAGCCAUGUCCUUCGCAGCAAAGCAAUCCGUUUCUUCGCAUUCUGCGGGAGGUGGAUGGUCCGCUACUUCGGAAAGCGGGGACGGAGGGUCGGAGUCGACCACACCAAAAGACGCACAGCAGCCACAACGGAGGGGUGCAGAAGGAGAAGUGGCUAAUAUCCGUUAUUCUAAAGGUAGUCACGCGGUUACCGUGGACCUCAUGGCAAUGAGGGGUAGCGCAGCAGAGGCUACACAAAAACACAGCAACAAGGGCGCAACCUCCGUUCCGCCGUCCUCUCCGCCGGACACAAGGAGAAAAUCCGUGGCGGAAAAAAUGCGGGAGCAUAUUAAAAAAGGAUACUCAGAUGGUAUAGAAGGGGCAAUUCAAUACACGGCGUGGGAAACGGAACAAGCGCAAGGAAAGACACCCAUAGUGGAUGCUAUUUUCUGGGAUGGCGAGCAACGCGAAGUGCUCACACCUGCAGGGUACUUGAUAUGAUACUUUUUAUUAUCAUGAUUAUUCGACAUUAUGCAAUGUCCUCGUGAAUAAUACUUCUUAAUAGUUAAUAGAGUGAAUAGAGAGCACAAGUGUAGUCAAAUCCUUCGUGAUAUUCUGUUUCCUUCAUGCUUAGGAGCGUGCCGAAACAUACUUAAUUGUUUUUGUCGUUUGAGGUUUGAUGUUGAUCAAUUUGAAGUAUGCUUUCGUUUUAAUGAUACUACAAGUACAACAGUAUCGAUGUCUUAACAUCAGGGUUUACGACUACGCCGCAAGCAAGCUUUGGUUCAAGCUGAGCGUGAUGGAGGAUAUGACAGCUUGGUUGAACUACGGCUACUUUGACCGACACGACGAGAAAAUCUAUUACGAGGGUGACUGUCAGUUAUCCAUGCUGUUUACAGAUUCGGCUGUUGAGUUCACUUUCGAAAACAUCGACGGUUGCGCAGACUACUGGGCAAGACGGCAAGGCCAGACCUUUAUGGUGGCGCGAGACCCGGCCACCGGGAAGCUGAGUGUCAACAAAACCCGCAUGAUACAACUGCUGUGUUACCCAGGUCAGGAAGGCGCGUAAUGUAAGCACUUAAGUACUCAAUGAACGACGGUCGCCUCGUUGACAUUUCUUGCCUACUAGAAUUCAAAUAGAAAACGAAUACUUUUAAUGUACUUCCAGAAGCAGAAUGCUCAUAUUCUUCGUGGGAUUUGCGCAACAUCAAUCAUAGUUUAGAACUUCAUAGAAAAUUAUGUAGGUUCGGAAAGAAAUUUAGAUUAUGCGGGACUUUAAACAGAAUUGGGACGCUACUGGAGAAUAGAUACAUGGAAUACAGAAACGAUAUUUUACACGGGAAACACAAAAGGAGAAGCUGUGCUUUACAUUCAUUGGAUUAAGAUUAUAAAAGAAAUGUUUUUAGUUAGUACUACUUGCACAUGAGAUGGGAUUUAGCAUAUGGCCACUCCUGUAUUUUCCUGAUUUUAACGUUUACUAAAUUGCAAAAUGUCGAAAGCAUUUUCUGCUCGUAGAUUCUAGACAAAUAAUUGAGAUGAUUCCAUUCGCACUAAAUACUUCUGUACAGCAUGAGCAUUGGCACGAAUAAACUGCACUCAUAGUCGAUGGGAUAAAUGAAUAACGCCCACCGCUACAUCAACGUCAAAGUCAAAGAUCUGAGUUCUUCUUUGUACAAAUUCAUCAAGGAAAGUCGCAGAAAGAGCAGG